AUGCCUAAGAUUAGAAUCGCAAUUGAUAGAGGCGGGACCUUCACAGAUUGUAUCGGGAAUCCUGGAACUGGUAACCCAGAAGACGAUGUGGUAAUUAAGCUGCUAUCUGUCGACUCAAAGAACUAUAAGGAUGCCCCGUUGGAAGGAAUCAGAAGGCUGCUUGAGAUUUUUCAAAGUAAGAGCAUCCCCAGGGGAGUUCCCCUAGAUCUCACCGAAGUCGAGAGUCUUAGAAUGGGCACUACACUUGCUACUAAUUGCGCUCUCGAGAGAAACGGAGAACGCUGUGUGUUUGUCACAACCAAAGGGUUCAAAGACUGCCUUUUGAUUGGCGAUCAAACCAGGCCCAAAAUUUUUGACUUAGCUAUCAAUCGUCCGGAUCCACUUUAUGAUCAUGUCAUAGAGGUUGACGAAAGAGUGACGCUUGAGGAUUUCGCAGAAGAUCCACGUAAUAUCAUCUCUAAAGCUAACGCCGAGGAAGGCGUCUGCGUAGGCAAAAGCGGCGAAAUAGUUCGAGUUUUGAAGAAACCAGAUCUAUCCGCGCUAAAAGAAUCAUUACAAGAGGCGUACAAUCAAGGGAUUCGCUCUCUUGGAAUUGCACUACUUCAUUCAUAUACUUUCCCAGAUCAUGAGGAGGUGGUGGCUGCAAUCGCUCAUAAUAUUGGAUUCACACACGUCUCUCUUUCAUCAGAAGUAUCCCCUAUGAUAAAGUAUUUACCAAGAGCUAACAGCGCUGUGGCCGAUGCAUAUCUGACACCUGUCAUCAAGAAAUAUUUAGAUGGAUUGCAGGCUGGUCUUGUCAAUUUUGAAAAUACGAGCAUCCAAUUCAUGCAGUCUGAUGGAGGUCUGGUGGAUGGAAGCAAAUUUUCAGGCUUGAAAUCAAUUCUUUCGGGCCCUGCUGGUGGUGUGGUGGGCUAUUCUACUACUUGCUAUGAUUCAAAUACACAAGUACCGCUCAUUGGCUUUGACAUGGGGGGAACUUCAACUGACGUUAGCAGAUUUGGAAACGGAAAGUUAGAUCACGUAUUCGAAACCACAACGGCCGGCAUUGUAAUACAAAGUCCACAACUGGACAUUCAUACUGUCGCUGCAGGCGGUAGCUCUAUGCUCUUUUGGGAAAAUGGUCUUUUUAGGGUUGGUCCUGAUUCUGCUGCGGCAGAACCUGGCCCUGCAGCAUAUCGCAAGGGAGGUCCUCUGACCAUAACAGAUGCAAAUCUGCAACUUGGGCGUUUGGUACCUGAACUUUUUCCAAAGAUAUUUGGACCUAACGAAAAUGAAAGUUUAGACUUGGAAGCUACUAAUCAGAAGUUUGAGGGCCUCACAAAGACGAUUAAUGCAGACCUAGAAACCAACCUUACUGUUGACGAAGUAGCCCAUGGAUUUUUGAAAGUCGCCAAUGAGUCUAUGGCCCGGCCAAUAAGGGCGCUAACAGAAGCUAGAGGACAUGUCACCUCCGACCACCAGCUAGUGACUUUUGGAGGUGCAGGUGGUCAACAUGCAGUUGCCGUUGCAGAAUCAUUAGGAAUUGACACUGUCAUAGCCCAUCGUUACUCUUCAAUAUUGUCAGCUUAUGGUAUGUUCCUCGCCGACGUAGUGGAAGAAAAGCAAGAGCCCUGCUCAUUCGAUCUUGCCGGACCAGCCACGCGCGGUCAACUUGAAGAGAGGUUUGAUUCUCUGGUGGGCACAGUUUCCCGAAGCUUGCAUAAACAAGGCUUUGCUGAAAAUGACCUCGUGUAUGAGAAAUACUUGAACUUGCGAUAUGAUGGUACUGAAUCCACUCUAAUGAUAAUGCAGAGGAAUUCAGAUUGGAACUUUGCAGAGGAUUUCACUGCGUCUCAUAAAAGGGAAUUUGGUUUUAUCUUUACCGACAGACCUGUUAUUGUUGAUGACAUUCGAAUCAGAGCGGUUGCCAAAUCACCAGUACGCUCUACUAAAUCAAUUGCCAAUGAAAUCUCAAGUCUUAAGACCAGAAAAAUCAACACGGCAGAAGCUGCAUCCUUUUAUAAGGACGUGUUUUUUGAUGAUAAGCGCCUGCGCAUACCAAUAUUUAGAAUCGAUGACAUGCCCACAGGAAGUUUGAUCGAUGGGCCUUGCAUUUUGGCGGAUGGAACUCAAACUAAUGUUAUUCCAUGCAAUGCAUCCGCAACCAUUCUCAGCUCACAUAUUGUGAUCAAGGUCAAUUCCAAAAGCAAAGAGAAUCCAGAGUUGGCUCAGAAUAAAAUCGAUCCUGUUCUGUUGUCCAUAUUUGGCCAUAGGUUCAUGGACAUUGCUGAGCAGAUGGGUACCCAAUUGAGGAAAACGGCAGUCUCUACCAACGUGAAGGAGAGACUAGAUUUCUCCUGUGCAUUAUUCGAUCCUGACGGAAAUUUGGUUGCCAAUGCUCCUCACGUACCCGUUCAUCUUGGUUCGAUGUCUACGUGCAUUUCUGCUCAAGCGAAACUUUGGAAAGGAAAAUUGAAAGCUGGCGACGUAUUGGUGACCAAUCACCCAGAAAUGGGAGGAACUCAUUUGCCUGACAUUACUGUCAUAACACCGGCUUUUUCAAGUUCCGGCGACGAGAUUAUUUUUUAUGUCGCCUCCAGAGCUCACCACGCUGACAUUGGCGGGAUUUUACCAGGCUCUGUUCCUCCUAAUUCGAAGGAACUUUAUGAAGAAGGUGCUGCUAUUUAUUCGGAGUUACUUGUGAAAGAGGGCCGUUUUGAUGAGGAGCUCAUGGUUAAAGUGCUUGUGGAAGAUCCUGCUAAGUAUCCAGGUUGCUCUGGUUCAAGAAAAAUCAGCGAUAACAUAAGUGAUUUGAAGGCGCAAAUUGCUGCUAAUACCAAAGGGAUUCAUUUAAUCGCCAAAUUGAUGGAUGAUUUUGGGAUAGACGUUAUUGUCAAAUACAUGCUUGCUAUUCAGGAGAAUGCCGCUACGACCGUCAAACAAGCUUUAAAGAACCUCACUGAGCAUUUUGGCGCUACAGAAUUCACUGGACAAGACUACAUGGAUGACGGAACCUUAAUAAAGUUGAAGGUUACCUUGGACAUCGAAAGGGGACAAUACGUUUUCGACUUUGAAGGAACUUCGCCUCAGGUUUAUGGUAAUCUCAAUGCACCUGAAGCUAUCACCAACUCUGCCAUCUUGUAUUGUCUGCGUUGUUUGGUAAAUGAAGAUAUUCCUUUGAAUCAGGGUUGUCUCAAACCAAUCACGGUUAAAAUACCCCAGGGCUCUAUCCUAAGUCCGACAAAUGGCGUAGCAGUUGUCGGAGGAAACGUUCUAACUUCGCAGCGAGUUACCGAUGUGAUUUUGAAAACAUUCAGCAUUAUGGCAGAUUCUCAAGGCGAUUGCAACAACUUCACGUUUGGAACUGGUGGAAAGGAUGCCAACGGUGAAAUCUCGAAGGGUUUUGGAUAUUACGAAACCAUUUGCGGUGGUCAUGGGGCUGGUGGAGAAUCCUGGAGGGGCCCAGGUUGGAAUGGGACAAAUGCAGUCCAUACGAACAUGACCAAUACCAGAAUGACAGAUGUAGAAAUUUUCGAAAGACGCUAUCCAGUAGUAUUGCGUGAAUUCUCUGUGAGACAGAAAUCCGGCGGCAAGGGCAAGUUCUUUGGGGGAAACGGCGUCAUAAGAGAUAUAAUAUUUCGUCAACCGGUCCAGGCAUCUAUUUUAUCUGAAAGGCGUGUCGUAGCACCGCAUGGCAUUAGUGGCGGAGAGGAUGGUGAGAGAGGUUUAAACCUGUGGAUCCGCAAGACAUCUGGCUCAGUUAUAAAUAUUGGUGGUAAAAAUACGAUAAGCGUCCAACCAGGGGAUCGUGUAGUGAUACACACUCCAGGCGGAGGGGGUUAUGGAAAGCUUCUGGAAUAA